GAACAAACUCCAAAGCUGAACCUGUCUAAAGAAUUAGAGUCCCACAGACUGAGAGUGGAGGGGCUGCUACUGGAUGUUUUCCAGAACCCACACUUCAAGGACAGGGGAUGAGACCAGAACUGAGAAGGAAGAAUUUACUCUAAAGAAGACAGAGGCCCUCAGGCUGACAUCUGGAGGGCUGGCAGGAAAUAUUCCCCAGCACCUUGAAUUUGGGAGCAGCCUAGAACCAUUCAAAGGUCAUUGGAUAGUUAAGACAAAAUCAAAGAGGAGAGAUUUCUCAGAUGGGUCAAUCAGGCACCUUGAGGCCUGUGCUGUCGAAAGUGGAGAGAAGUAUAAGAAAUUAGAAAAAAAUGUGAGUGCCAGAACACAACUCGCUAUGAAUCAGACAGUUCCCAGUAGUCAGCUAUCUUAUGAAUGCGAAAAAUGUGACAGGUGUUUCAGCCGAAUGGCAGACUUCCACCGACAUAAGAAAUGUCACACUGGUGAAAAGCCAUUUGAAUGCAAAGAAUGUGGAAAAGAGUUCAGAUAUAACUCAUUACUUAUUCGGCAUCAGAUAAUUCACACUGGAAAAAAACCAUUUAAAUGUAAAGAAUGUGGGAAAGGUUUAAGUUCAGACACAGCCUUGGUUCAGCAUGAGAGAAUUCACACUGGAGAAAAGCCCUAUGAAUGUAAGGAGUGUGGCAAGACCUUCAGCAGCAGCUCAGUCUUCCUUCAGCACCAGAGGUUCCACACUGGGGAGAAACUCUAUGAAUGUAAUGAAUGUUGGAAAACUUUCAGUUGUAGCUCAAGCUUCACUGUCCAUCAACGAAUGCAUACUGGAGAGAAGCCCUAUGAGUGUAAAGAGUGUGGGAAACGAUUAAGCUCCAACACAGCCUUGACACAGCAUCAGCGAAUUCACACUGGGGAGAAGCCCUUUGAAUGUAAGGAGUGUGGGAAGGCUUUCAAUCAAAAAAUAACACUGGUUCAACACAAACGAGUUCACACUGGCGAGAAACCUUACGAGUGUAAGGUAUGUUGGAAAACUUUCAGCUGGUGUGGAAGAUUCAUUCUGCAUCAGAAACUACACGUUCAGAAGACUCCUGUCUAAGCAUAGAGCCAUCCCUAGUUAAGCUCACUGUGCUUCUUCUUAUUUCUUCCUACUUUCAUACUCUU